AAGAGGAAGAGAAUUUCAGUACCUGCAAAUGCUUUAUGAUAUUUUCAAUGCAAAGUUACAAACAACUUUUAAGAACAAAUCUGAACCCACAAGAAUAGAAAAAAAAAAAAAACAAUAAAGUAGUUGUGUAAUCAAAUCUAGACAACAAGUGAAAGAUCACUUCUUUUUAUGCAUUUCAUUACAGAGUAAAACUCAAUCUUUAAGGAGACCAAAUGUUCCUCAAGAUCGUGGAAACAUUAGAAACAUUAAAGAUCUAGUCACAACAGCAAGACCAGAAAAAAAAAGCAGAACUCGGAUUGUUGACGUUUAAUAAAAAUUCAAUCGUCUCGAGUUGGAAACAGAGUCAAGACCGUUUUGGCUCCUGAUUUCAAAUCUUGCGUGUAAUUAGCGACUUGACUAUGUAAAUGCAAUGAAGAUGGUUUGAAAACUGGUUGCUGUAGUUCACUCUGCUGCCUAGCCAAGAACAUUGCUUGGUCGGUCGCUUUGGUCGGUGAAGUGAAAUUAACGGCGGAGAUUUGUCGGUGGAGGAACUGAGACGGUGGUGCUGCGAUAUGUUGCUGCUGAGUUGAAAUUGGGACAAAAGAGGGUAUGAAAAGGUCGGAGCUCUGUCUACUUGUCGGAUGGAGGAAAUGUGGAGGAACAGGUGAGCUGGCAAAGAGAUGAUCGGAAUCACCGCUGCCGCCUCCUCCGCCGCCGGAUUUCAUUCUUUUGAGGAACCGCGUUUUUUAUCCCGAGAUGAGCCACCGCGUCUACGAAACGUUUGUGUAGCUGUGGCGUCCAUACUAAACGCGGUCGUUUUAGCGUUCUUGCUGGUUCGUCUCCGGUAGAGUCUCCGGCGAUUUCGGCUGAGGAAUUGGGUUGUGGCGGUGUGGUUUGAGGUAGAGGUUGACCGGAGUUUGAGUUGUUGUUACGGUGGAGAUCGAAGGCGAUGGCGAGAUCAGGCGUGAUUAAAGAUUGAGAUAAAGGUAUGAGUUCCUCCGGCGACGGAAGCUCUUCUUCCCAUUUAGCAAACCAAUUGGAAUCUUCUUCUCUCAUCCUCAACACUAACAAAAAAAAAAAGAACACAAAUCUUGAAUCUCAAAUUUCACAGUCUUGAUCUCACAAGACACCAAUAUUGUGAAGAUGAGGAAUAAAAAUCAGGAGGAAACACAAUGAUGAUGAAGAGAGAGAUAUUAUUGAUUUUGAGGCAAAGACUUGUGAAAGAGAGACUUGACAAGAUUCUUGUAAAUUUUUAAUUGUUGUUAUCUGUUUAGAUUCGACCACUACGGCUCGG